AUGUCGUCUCCUCAUCUCCAGACAUACAAUGAGCGAGCAAAGAAACACGCCAAUAAAGCCGCCAAGGCUUUACUCGAAAUCAUGGAGGAAAAGCAGUCAAAUCUGUCCGUCAGCGUUGACGUGACUAAAUCUAAAGACUUCUUCGACAUCAUCGAGGCAGUUGGUCCUCAUGUUUGUCUCAUAAAGACUCAUAUCGAUGUACUCGAAGAUUUCGAUGCGACUGUGAUCGACCGCCUCCAAGAACUUAGCGAAAGGCACAAAUUCUUGAUAUUCGAGGAUCGAAAAUUCGCUGACAUAGGAAGCACCGUCGUAUUGCAGUAUUCGAAAGGGAUCUACAAGAUCGCAGAUUGGGCUCACAUCACUAAUGCGCAUGCCGUUCCGGGGCCAUCCAUUAUCACCGGUCUUGCCUCUGUUGGCAUUCCCAAAGAUCGGGGGCUCAUCCUCCUGGCAGAAAUGAGCUCCAAGGGUGCACUGACCACUGGGUUAUAUACAGAAGAUGCAGUUCGCAUGGCUCGAGCUCGUAGGGAUUUUGUCAUCGGCUUUAUUGCUCAACAUCGCAUGGAGGGCAUCGGGGCAUCCGAUGCCGACAACAUUGCGGAAGAAGAUUUCUUGGUUCUUGCGCCAGGAGUGGGCUUGGAUGCUACAGGCGAUGCCAUGGGUCAGCAAUACCGCACUCCAGAGCAAGUAGUGUUCGAAAGUGGUUGUGACGUUAUCAUUGUUGGAAGAGGCAUUUAUGGCAAGGGUGAAAAUGUGGAUACAGGGGAGGUUCUCAAGCAAGCUCAGAGAUACCAAGCUGCUGGUUGGGAAGCAUACAAAAAGCGCACUCAACGCGCUUAG